AUGGCCGUCCCGGAGGGCUAUGAUCCCGUCAUCGCUUUUAAGCUCUGCCCACCUGGAGGGAUUGUGUUUCAACUUGGCAUCUACAUCUUCGACAUCAUCAACGAUGUGGCGCAGAUCGGAACCUUCGUGUACCACGGCGACUUCUGGUUCGCUGCGUUCAUGGUGGUCUUUAUUGGCCUUAGCUUCCUGCGCACCUCUACCACCAUGUCCUCGGCCAGCCAGCUGAAACGCUUCGACCCGCUUGGCGAGGCCCAGCUGUGCUUAGCACGGCAAGUGCCGACCCUUGCUUGGCAGGAGAUGCUCAUGUGUGAGCGCGUCAUCGAAGCGCCGGGCACAGGUCUCAUCGGCCCCUACGGUGCCUCGCUGCUCGCCUUGACGCCGCUGCAGGCGGCGAGCGCGCUUUAUGGGCUGAUCAGCUCUGCCAAGGCCAUGGCCGAGGGGAGGCUGGACCAGGAGGCCUCCGUUGGAAGAGGGAGCAUGCAGUCGUACUCCUUGAGAGCCGUGCGCCCGGUAAAGGCCGCCAUGCUUACCGUAUGGUACUUCGCUGCCUUCGCGGGGGAGCUGGCGGCCUUCGCCGUUGUGAGCGCGACGCUGCACCCCCUCGUCACCCUGCCAGGAUAUGCCCUGGGCGCGAUGGCGAACGGGGCAGCAGAGUGGAGCGGAGGUGAGGACUACUUAUGGAUGACCGCCUUCUCUUGCAUGAUGGUUGCCGUGGCUAUGGCAGGAGCCCAGACGAGGAGCUUCACCAAGUAUAAGACGGAAGAAGGCCCGGGCCUCCUCCCCGCACUCUUCAUCCUCUGUCGCCUCUGCGCCUGGGCGGCCCUCUGCUGCCUGGAUCUGCCGCAGGGUCUUCUGGCCCUUGGCUCGCUCCAGCGGCCCAUGGGUUUCCCGGUGCUCCAGGCGAAGUUUCUGGAGCCCGCCGCCGCCUGCGGGGAGGCCUUGGCAUGCUUCACAUCCCAAGUGUGGCUGAGGGCGGAGACGAAGACGAACUCGACCACCAGGUCUUUCGGUGUGGAGGCGGGGUUCCAUGCAUGUAGCUGGCCAGCAACCGACGAGCUGAGCACGCCGUCAGCCAUCUUCAACUCCUGCUUGUUGUUCCUAGCCGUGGUGCUCGUCCCGAUCCACAUGUGCGUAGUCUGCGCAAUGCUGCUUCUGAACCCUCUGUACGCAUGUGGAACUGACAACGUGGAUCUGAAGGAGGAGGUCAAAGCAAAGCAGGUUGAGAUCGAUGAAUUCGCCCGGCAAAACAAAGAGAUGAACGGCGAGUACACUGAGCUGUGCAUGCUCUCGGAUUGUUAUUCGAAUUCCGACUCCGAGUGA